UUUGUUCCAUGUUUUAACAGUACCUUUUAAGGCUUUUAAUUUCUCAAUAAAUCUGUGUCCAGGCCAGCCUCUCAAAGGAGAGUUGAUUGGGAUAGUGGUCAGAAGUGUCAAAUCUCUUAUUAACCCAAAAGUUUAACCUGAUGGGUUAUGAUAAAUUUAAUGAUAUGUAAACACUCUAUCACUCCUCAUUCGUGGGCUGUGAUACCAUGUUAAAUUACUAAUUAACCUAAAAACUUAAGCUGAUGGGUUAGUGAUAAAUUUAAUAUUAUGUUUAACACACUAGAAGGAAAUUACGUUUUCAAGCCUUUUCACCAAUUCAUUAGGAAACCUCAAAUUGAAGGAUUUGGGAGAGGUACUUUAAGUGCUUUUAGGAUUUCCAAAAUCGCUUUUGCUUGUCUGACAAUACACUGCAGAAAUUUUAGAAGUGCUUUUUUAUUGGCUAAAAUCAUUUUUCGUAUCUCCCAUUAAUAUACCUGGAUGGACCCUCUGAAGUAUAAAUGCUUCUUUAAGAAGUUCUUAUCGACAAAGUGCUUCACAUAAAAAAUCACAAUUCUUUAAAGUCAUUCUAAACUCACUUGCAGUUGAUAGAAAUCAGCUUCCACGCCCUUAGUGAUGGAUUAUGUAUUCAAACUUUCAUUUACUAGUUAUUGAAACUAUUAAUUCCCUAUAUGACAUCAAAUUUUCAUGAUGUUUUGCCGGAGACAGAGACAUUGCAGUUAAGGAGAUAUUCUCCACUCCUCGAAAGUUCUUUCGUGCCAGGUAAUAGUGCAACAGUAUCUGAUGAGUGGCAAGCAGUUCCUGAUAUUUGGAGGUCUUCAGCAGAGAGGUAUGGCGAUCGGGUAGCAUUAGUGGAUCCAUACCAUAAUCCUGCUUCAAAAAUGACUUAUAAGGAGUUAGAACAAAGUAUCUUGAACUUCUCUGAAGGCCUUAGAGCCAUUGGAAUAAAGCCAGAUGAAAAGAUUGCACUCUUUGCUGAUAAUUCAUGUCGAUGGCUUGUUGCUGAUCAAGGUAUUAUGACAAUGGGAGCAAUUAAUGUUGUUAGAGGUUCAAGAUCAUCUAGUGAGGAGCUGUUGCAAAUAUACAAUCACUCUGAAAGUGUAGCAUUAGUUGUGGACAACCCUGAAUUGUUCAAUCGAAUUGUAGAAACAUUCCAUUUGAAGGCAUCCAUGAGAUGUGUCAUUCUUCUAUGGGGAGAAAAAUCUAGCCUGGCUCAUGAGGGAAUGGAUGGCAUUGCAGUUUUUGAUUACAAUGACAUCGUGGAUAUGGGACAAAAGUGUCGUAAAGUUAUGCUUGAUUCUCAUGAUGCUAAGCAGCAUUAUACAUAUGAAGCUAUCAGCUUGGAUGAUAUUGCUACACUUGUAUAUACAAGUGGCACAACUGGAAACCCUAAAGGUGUCAUGCUUACCCAUCGAAAUUUAUUGCACCAGAUAAAGAAUUUGUGGGAUGUAGUGCCUGCGAAAGUUGGGGAUAAAUUUCUAAGUAUGCUUCCACCUUGGCAUGCAUACGAACGGGCUUGUGAAUAUUUCAUAUUUACAUUUGGAGUGGAGCAAGCUUACACAACAAUAAGAAACUUAAAGGACGAUCUUCGUCAAUAUCAACCAGACUACUUGAUUUCUGUUCCAUUGGUGUACGAAACACUAUACAGUGGAAUUCAGAAGCAAAUAUCAGCAAGCUCAAAUGCACGUAAGCUUCUUGUGCUUGCAUUUAUCAAGGUCAGCUUAGUUUAUAUGAAGCUGAAGAGGAUCUACGAGGGAACCUAUCUAACAAGAAGCGAGGCUCAACCUUCUCAUAUUGUAUCUGCAUUGGACUGGUUAUUUGCAAGAACGGCUGCUGCAAUAUUGUGGCCAAUUCAUAUGCUGGCAAAAAAAAUAGUCUAUAGCAAAGUUCAAUCUGCAGUUGGCAUAUGGAAGGCAGGCAUAAGUGGAGGGGGCAGUUUACCUUCACAUGUUGAUCUUUUUUUUGAGGCAAUUGGCAUUACAGUGCAGAAUGGUUACGGUUUAACAGAAUGUUCUCCUGUAAUUGCUGCUCGACGACCUACCUGCAAUGUUCUUGGUUCGGUUGGACAUCCAAUUCGGCAUACAGAGUUUAGGAUUGUAGAUAUGGAAACAGGAGAUGUCCUCCCACCUGGAUCAAGAGGCAUUGUUGAAGUUAAGGGACCUCAAGUGAUGAAAGGUUACUAUAAGAAUUCAUCUGCCACACAACAAGUCUUGGACAAAGAGGGUUGGUUUAGCACUGGGGAUAUCGGGUGGAUUGCUCCUCACCAUUCGAUAGGCCGGAGUCGUCGUUGUGGAGGUGUAAUUGUUCUUGAUGGGCGGGCAAAAGAUACUAUAGUUCUCUCAACAGGUGAAAAUGUUGAACCAACGGUGCUUGAAGAAGCUGCCAUGAGAAGUAGUCUCAUACAACAAAUUGUGGUUAUUGGCCAGGAUCAACGACGACUAGGAGCGAUUAUAGUUCCGAAUGAGGAAGAAGUAUUAUCUGCAGCAAGGAAAUUGUCUGUUGCAGAUUCAAGUACAGCUGAUUUUAGCAAUGAAACAUUGAAAAAUCUGAUUUACAGUGAAGUGAGAAAAUGGACUUCAGAAUGUCCAUUUCAAAUUGGACCAAUCCUCAUUGUCAAUGAACCAUUCACAAUCGACAAUGGUUUAAUGACCCCUACAAUGAAGGUUCGAAGAGACAAAGUUGCUGGUUAUUACAAGAAGGAAAUUGAGAACCUUUUCAAGUAACUUGGGAGAUUUUAAGUCAAGUCAAAGUUAUGUUCAUUUUCAGGUAAACAAAGCAUAAUAAAUUUACAGGCAAUAAGUUCUAUUAGUCUCUGGCUUGGACAAAAGCUUUGAGAUUAUCCUGUUUAUGAAACUCUUACCAUUUUAACUCUUAUAUAAAUCAUUGGAUUUCCUUUCUAA